CACAAGUGGUAUAACGAUGACUAAUACAAAAGGCCCAUAUUCAAUUGUGUGCUUUACUCAACUCAACUUUUGUAAUACUCACAUCUAAUCGAAACAAAAAAGACACCAAGACAAGAAAUACAACCCUAUCACAAUGGCCUCCUCGGAUCUCCCAGAGUCUAACACAGCACUAAGCUACACCCAGCCUUCAUCGCAACCACACCUCACUCACACUCCGCUCCAAUCUCCUAAACCAAACGAAUUGCUUGUCAAAAUCAAAGCUGCAGCAAUCAAUCCCGUGGAUAUCCAACUAUGGGGAAACCCAGUUAUUGGUUGGCUAGCAGGCAAGAAAGAGAAGGGCAUUGGACGGGAUUACUCGGGAGAGGUGGUCGCGAUUGGCGAGGAGCUGAAGAGGAGUGGGAAGUGGGAGGUUGGUGAUGAAGUUUAUGGGCUGUGUAAUCGGCCGACUGGAGAAGGUACAUUCGCCCAAUACCUGACUGUGCAGCCCGGCGAACCCAUUGCCAAGAAACCCUCUACUCUGAGUCACCAUGAAGCUGCUGCUAUUCCUUUGGUCGUUCUCACAGCGUUUUCGUGCCUCGAUUGGCUUCCAACUGAAAGUCAGAGUCCAAACUCAAAGCGCCGGGUUAUCGUUUCUGGAGCGAGCGGUGGAGUAGGAGGGUGGUGUGUGCAGCUUGCGAAAAAGCUGUACAACUGCCAUGUUGUUGGUAUCUGCUCUGGACGAAACGCCGAGUUCGUCAAGGGCCUGGGUGCAGAUGAGAUCAUUGACUACAGUACACAAGACGUUGCGAAGACGCUUUUGGAUGGAAGACCUGGGGAGAAGAAGUACGACCUCUACAUCGACUGUGUAGGAGGCACUGAGAUAUUCAACCACUGGUACGAUCUUCUCCACGCGUCCGGCGCAUAUGUUACCAUUGUCGGCGAUAAAACCUCCCGCACAGCCAUAGGCGGCCCUCUCACAUACUUCACAUACCCCUCCCAGGUUAUCCGCCACAUCCGGGGCUACCUAUUCGGCCCACGCUACGCAAAUGUCUUGCUAUAUCAGAAGUGUGAGCUACUAGAGCAAGUUACGCAGCUAGCGGAGAAGGAGGACGUGCAGGUCGUCGUGCAGGACGUUGUUAAGGGAGUUCUGAGCGAGGAAGGGUAUAAGGAGGCAUGGGAGAAGGUUAAGGAGUACAUGGUUGGGGGGCGGGUUAGAGGGAAGAUUGUCGUUGACAUUGCUUAAGGAUGGUGCGCUAUAGGACAUGUAGUGGUCAUACACGUAGCAAAAAUCUUAAUGAUUAUGCGCA